UGAGUCUCCUUUUUAGAAGUGGACAUUCAACAUUAUCUUAAUAAUCUUGACCAGCAAAGAGUGAAAACUUUUCAACAGAAAACAAAAAAUAGGCUUGAAUAUAAACCUUUUAGGUUUGUUUGUUUUACUUUAUUUUACUGACCACUGCUGCUUAUUAUGGGUCAACUUUUGUUUUCUGUUCUUUUCAUCGUUUACUUUUUGACCGUCCAAGCGAAUAGACCUUUGAAAAAUGUCAACACCAAUGGAACUGGACUGGAACCAAGAACCUUUGGUGUAAGUGCAGUUGGAGUUUUGUCAACAAUUUUUACUGAUGCCGGAGUUAAGCCAUGUAAACCAUGUCAGAACCAAGAGCAACAUCGUCCAAGACCCAAUCACCACCCACCACCAUCGCCUUUGCAUCCUCCACCUCCGCCGCCAUCACAUGGACACUAUGAACCUCCAAAAGGACCUCCAAGUGAACCUUAUGAACCCAUUGAAUCAAAUGUUUAUGUUCAACCACCGAUCGAACCUGUGAGACCAGUGAAACCUCAUCCACCCCGAAAACCUCAUUUACCAAUCCCAAUUGUCGAGGAACCAGAAUGCAAUAAGAAACCUACAUGUCCAAAUCGUCCAUCUAAGCAUUUACCAGAAGAUCUGGUUGAACCAAUUAAGCAUAUUGAACCUCCAUAUCAACCACCACCACCUCCACCUCACAAGAAACCCGCUCCACCAGAAGAGUCUUACCCUGAAGACGACGGACAAGAAGAGUAUGGGUGCAUUUGUGUUCCUUAUUACCAAUGUGAUAAUGGCCGCAUAGUUGACGAUGGAGCGGGAAUAAUUGACCCUCGAAUCAAGGAACCACCAAAAAAAGAGCUUCCUCUGGAUGGACGAUAUAAGCCCCCUUAUUGUGGUACCUUCCAUGUUUGUUGUUCCGAUCCGGAAACAGUAUCUCAGGUUCCUUAUACUCAUAAAUGUGGAAUUCGUAAUCCAAGUGGAAUCAAUAGACGAAUUUUAGUUCCAAGUUCCAAAGGUGAAUCUGAUUUCGGUGAAUGGCCAUGGCAGGUAGCAGUUCUGAAAAUCGAACGAGAUUUGAACAUGUUCCAAUGUGGUGGAACUUUAAUCGAUUCUCAGCACGUUCUGACGGUUGCUCAUUGUAUUAAACCUUUUGUCACUGAAUCAGGUUCUUGUGAGUUGAAGGUUCGUCUCGGUGAAUGGGAUACUCAGAAAACUACUGAAUUCUUACCCCAUGAGGAUUACCAAGUAGCCAGUGUUUACAUUCAUCCUAAAUUCAAUCCCAAUAAUCUUUGGAAUGACAUCGCCAUCAUGAAACUAUCUAAACCCGUUACAUUCAAGCCAAACAUUGAUACUAUUUGCUUACCAACACCCGAUGAAGUUUUCGAUGGUCAAAAUUGUGUCACAACGGGUUGGGGUAAAAACGCUUACAAGGGUGGACACUAUUCAAAUAUACUGAAAGAGGUCAGUUUACCGGUCAUCCCUAACUAUGAGUGCCAAAAAACACUCAGACGGACUCGAUUAGGCGGUAGAUUCCGUCUUCAUGAAAGCUUCAUGUGUGCCGGCGGAGAGGAAGGUAGAGAUUCGUGUAAAGGAGACGGAGGUGGACCAUUGGUUUGUUAUCGUCCCGAUGGAACCUACUCUUUGGCUGGAAUAGUUUCAUGGGGAAUUGACUGUGGACAACAGGGUCACCCUGGUGUUUAUGUGAAAGUACAAAAGUUUUUGGAUUGGAUCUCUGAAAUGACCGGAAAUGAUGUUAAAAAUUACUGGUCACCAGCAUCGAGUUACCCAGCAUCAUCAACAUGAUAACCACCCACAGGGAAUUGGAAAUUCAAUACUCAAUAAACAAAACCGAUGAUUAUAAUAAUAUUGAUUGAACUUUUCUCUCUCUUUUCUCAUUUUCUCAUUUUCUUGUUCCUUGUUUUUCAAACAUGGUGAUUCCAUGUCCACAUUCACACACAGUCAAUGAAUCAAUCUUAAGCUUUCUUUCAAUGUGUUGUGUCCACUUUAACUUUGGUCACAAUCAAUUUAAGGUCAUUUCCAGACAAUCUACUUACAUUGAUUAACUGUAAGUGGAACCUCAAUGAUUUAAACAGGAAAAGGAGAAAGAGCUUAUCAUGUACAUUGUAUCUCAAUAUCACCAACUCACAAUUUUUAUCCUUCUUUAUGAUUCCAAUAUAUGAUAUCAUCUUCCUCAGAA